UUGUGAUGAACUAAGUAAACCAGACUCCAACAGGAACCCUCCUCACUGGUGGUUGUUUCCACUGUAGCAUGUAUUUGUCAUGUCCAUUUUCCUUUCUGACAGUUCAUCUUCAUCUGGUUUUACGGCAUGGAUCAAAGAGAAAUUAUCAUGAAAAACCUGGAAAGGAUCAGAAGCAGAAAGCUCAACAUGGAAGAGUUCACCAAUGAAUAUUUGAAACUGAAGCGGCAAUCGGCGACCUAUAGAGCAGAGAAAAUUUACCCAACAACUGUGUCUGAGAGACCUGAAAAUAACAACAAAAAUCGGUAUAAAGACAUCUUACCAUAUGACCAUAGCAGAGUGAAGCUCUCUUUUAUCACAUCAGAUAAGGACUCUGAUUACAUCAAUGCAAAUUUUAUCAAGGGUGUAUAUGAGCCAAGAACCUACAUUGCUACCCAGGGUCCACUUUCCACAACUGUUGUAGAUUUCUGGAGGAUGAUUUGGGAAUAUAAAAUCUUGAUUAUUGUCAUGGCUUGCAUGGAAUUUGAAAUGGGGAAGAAAAAAUGUGAACGUUACUGGGUUGGUGUGGAUGAAUCCCCAUUACAGUUAGGCCCUUUCUUCAUUUCCUGUGAGGCUGAAGAAAAAAGAAAGGCAUAUGUGAUUCGCAAAUUGAAAGUGAAACUGAAUGACAGUGAAAUCAGAAGUGCCUACCAUUUUCAUUAUAAAAAUUGGCCAGACCAUGAUGUGCCUUCUUCAAUCAACUCUAUUUUUGAGUUCAUAAAUGAAAUACGUUGCUACCAAGCACACAAUGAUGUACCUAUCUGUGUACACUGCAGUGCGGGCUGUGGACGAACAGGAGUCAUAUGUGCCAUUGAUUAUACCUGGACCUUGCUAAAAGACAGUAUUCUUCCAGUGAACUUCAGCAUUUUUAAUAUGAUUCAGGAAAUGCGCACACAGAGGCCUUUGUUGGUGCAAACUCAGGGCCAAUAUAAGUUGGUCUAUGAUGCAGUAAUUGAACUCUUUGAAAGGCAGAUUGAAGGAUUCUCUGAUCAUUCUGAUCCUGUUAUUGUGGAGACUGAAAUAAACCAUCCUGCAGCCAAUAUACCUCAGGAACAAAUGGAAAAGUCUAUAAAACAACCAAACAGUUCUGCACAAGAGGAGCAGGAGAAAUCUCAGUGUUCUGGUUGUGAUACACAAAGCUUAGACAUCCUCGACAGAAAUAGAGAUGGUGCCUCCUUCAUCAGGCCAGCACUUUCUGUUGGAACGCUGAGCCCUAAUGCCAGCAGAAACACAGGAUGGGACUCUUGGUUGGCAAAUCAACCACUGCACAAACGUCACAGUUUGGACUUCAAUUACUGUUUUUGGACUGAUCCCCUUCUCACUUUGAAAAUGGAUGAUAGAACUGGAAUAGGCUUCCAUACCAAAGUGCAUCCUACCCAGUCCAAAUCUACUCCUUUUCAAUCAGUUUCACAGAAAACAUUGCAGCCAUUGACAAAAAUGGAUUCAGGUUCUGGCCAGUGUGGAGGCUUUCAACUUGACUCAAGCCUUUCAGGCAAGCUGUCAAACAAUGCCCCAUGCUGCAAGCUCAGGAAUUUGUGCCGCCAGCACUGCAUAUGGUCAUCAGAAGACCCCUACUUUUCUUCUCUCUCAUCAGAAGAACCAUGCUCCCCAGCACUUCCUGAGUCUGCUCUCAGUCCCCUUAGAACAGUUUCUUCAUCUUCUUCUGCUGUGGUCUUUACAGCCCAGUCCUUGGAGAGCCCAGAGCCUAGCUACCCAUUGUUCAACCCUCCAGCUCAGGAUACCUGCCCUUUGGAUGCAGAGGAGUUAGUCUGCCAGACUUCUUCCCAGCAGGAUGAAGAUAUUCCUCCCCCGCUGCCAGAGAGAACCCCUGAAUCCUUCAUUAUACUUGGAGAAGAGAAUGAGCUCCAGCAGCUGGAUAAGCCUUUGUCAGCAGCUUCAGAUCACCAACUGCCAUCUAAAAACAACAAAAUAAAUAUCUCUACAGAAUGGAACAGCAUGUCUCAGCUGAGCCUUUCUGAUGCCUCAGUAAGACUGAGACUGAGUAAGAGUGGAAAGCUACAGAGGCCUAGAUCAGAAUUUCACUGGAAUCGAUCUUCAUCACCCCCUACUCCCCCACUUCCAGAGAGAACUCCUGAGUCAUUUCUUCUUGCAGAUGAGGCCUUGAACCUUGGAGACCUUCAGAUUAAAUCAACAAAUGUGCCAACAAGAGAGACAAAAGGCUUCAGAAGGAGCAAGAGUUUGAAAAUUUUACGAAAUAUGAAAAACAGUAUUUGGAGCCCACCUUCACUAGUAAGAGCUCCAGAGCAUGAUCAGUCAAAUCAUCACAGCUCUAUUCUGAGUCUUGGCUUUGCAAACCGAUUUUCCAAACCCAAAGGACCAAGAAAUCCACCACCAAAUUGGAACAUCUAGAAGAAUUUCUUAUCUUCCAUUGUCUCUAGCCCUGUAGACUUACCUUACUGAUGUUUCUUCUGUUUGUUUCCAACGAAAGUCAUCAUUUUGAACAAAAAGAUUUUUUAUUGGGGUAUUAGACUGGUAUAUGUCCUUGGUAAAAUUAAUAUAUGAUAUGAUCUCACCUGUCCAGCUGAUUUGGACUUUAUGCUAUACUGAGAAAAUGGGAACAGAGAGCUGCUGUUCUACUUCCAUUAUUCAUUCCCAUCAGAUAACAUCAGGUAAAAUUUUUGAACAAAAUUGUGAUUAUUAUUGUGAUGAACAAAAAAUAAAUGCUAGGGUUCAAGCAGC